GCAGUUUAGAAGUUAAUUCGGCUCUAUUUCCAACAAAAACGUUCCCUCCCCCAUAAUCUCCCGUUGCUCAGCAGUUUUGCUCCCUUUUAUUAAAAAAAGAUGGCUGCAGUAGAUUUAUUCAUGUUCCUUCAAAUGCGGAAUAUACCUGAAAGUGUCAUCAACAAACUAAAAGAAGACAAGAUCGACACCAAUGUCAUAGGCAUUAUGACAGAUAAGGAGUUAAGCAAGUAUAUCGAAAGAUAUGGGGAUCGACUUGCGCUCAGAGCAUUUUGCCGUCAAAGAACUGUGACAAACGAAGAGUCGGGAGGAGCAGAGACAGUGAAGUCCUCCCUCAUGCAGAAAUUAAGAGACAGGUUAAGAACUCCUAACACUGGCAUACAAGGCACCGCUACUGGCCAAAAAAAUGCAGCCAAAAUCACCCGGCGGGUUGAAAUGGGAUGGCUCCACUUUGAGAGUGGAAUGUAUCACCAGGUUAGAACGAGAAAAGGAGGAGGAACACGGAAUCUGUCCGUCCAGAAAUCAGUGACUAUGGGUGAACUGUUGGAGACAGGCAAAUGCUUGUUUUUUGCAAAUGGGCAUUCAUCAAAAGGACUGAUGGAAGACUUCGAGUUUGACAUUUGUGAUUACAGUCACAGUCCUGUGCCCCGGGAAGUCACGGUGGGCCAGCUGUACGAACAGACUAAACUAAAAAUGCUACGCAUCUACACAGCCACCAAGUCUAACAAGAUUAUACUUCUCUCUGAUGAAUCAUCGGACUUCGAGCCAACACAGAAAAGGCCACUGAAGGCUAGGACAAUGAAGACACGAUCCUUGAGGAACAAGACCAGGAGACUCAAUCAAGUGGAUCAUCCAGAGAGCUCCUCUGAUUUAGAUCUGGCUCCCAGUGGCUCAAUGCAGCAAAACCAUCAACAAUACAUAACUUGUGUUGUCUGA